UGAAUAAAAAUCCUCCAGGACCGCACCAAGGAUUUCAUACUGCAGAGGCCGGGUUUGGAGCCCCGAGAGCCGGGUAGAGACAGGCACACGGCCCGGUAGUCUUCCUGGAGGUUUUUGUUAACUAUUGACUACGUAAUAGUCGAUUGUUGAAUGAAUUUUGGCCCUCUUGGCUUUCCAUACUGUUUACAUCCAGUAGAGCCAAUAUGGCAUCAGGCGGCUAGACAGCAGGAUACAUGCACUUUUUAAGCACAUCAUUUUAACACAUUUGCACACACACACUUAUUUAGAGAUACAUUUCGAAAUGAUGUCCAGCUGCUGAGAGAGCCAUGACGGAGGUGGAGGAGCUGCGGCCGGUUCCCAGGGAGAGAGCCAUCCUGGAGAGCUUCUUCACGCAGCUCGGCAUGUUUUCUUUCGACCGGGCCAAGGACUAUGUGGAGAAGGAGAAGGACAACAGCCGGAGUGCAGGAGCCAUCUGGGCUGCACUGCUGGCUGCACUGGCUCACCUGGCUGCAGCAGAGAAAGCCUACCAUAACAUGACCUUCCUGGGACAGAAGAUGGGCGGUCAGUCUUUCUUCAGCCGGAAGGACUCCAUCCGAACCAUCUACACCUCCCUGUACAACGAGCUGAGGAAAGUGGUGACGAUGGGGCGCCACAGCCAGCCGGGCUCCGCCUCCUACCUGGAGGACCUGCUGUCGCACCUGUCAGAGCAGCUCUGCCACUUCACGCAGGCCCGCAUGGAGAUGGCCGACCUGUACGAGAAGAUGCACUCGCUGGGAAGCCAGAAGAGCAUCAACUCAGACGAACUGGUGACAACGCUGGAGGCCGUCCUGCACAAAUACAGCUCCAAAUUCCACCACCCCAUCCUGGGCCGCGUGGAGGAGAGCUUCCAGACCGAGGUGGAUGUGGUGACCCAGUUACUGCGCUGCCAGGCUCAGGUGUCCGAGUGGCAUUUCCUGCCAGCUCUGCUCAGCCUGCACGGUGCCAACUCCAAGCUCACCGCCUGGGGUCAGCUGUUCCAGCGGCAGAAAGAGACCCGCAAGAAUCUGUUCGGUCAGUCCCAGAAGGCCGUGCAGCCUCCUCACCUGUACCUGUGGCUGCAGCGCUUCCAGGCGGUGCUGCUGGCCAAGUUCAGCUUCUACUUCCACGAAGCCCUGAGCCGCCAGACCGCCCCGGCCGACAUGAGAGCGCUGACCGCCCGCACCGCGCCGGACUACCACGGCAAGAUCUGCUCCUUCAUCCGCAAACACGACGCCAGCAACGUGUCUCUGGUGUUUGAUAACCGUGGCUCGGAAAGCUUCCAGGGCCACGGAUACCACCACCCGCACUCCUACAGAGAAGCACCGAAGGGCGUGGAGCAGUUCCCCGCCGUGGUGUCGCUGCCGUCAGGGGAGCGGCCGCUCACGCACUGGCCCAAUGUCAUCAUGAUGAUGGGAGACCGCGCCGCCGAGCUCAACACUCUGGACAAGGUGGUGCACUUCUACGACGAUAAAGUCCAGAGCACCUACUACCUGACGCGCCCCGAGCCACACUUCACCCUGGUGGUCAUAUUUGACGGCAGGAAGUCGGAGAAGGAUUUGCACAUCGCCGCCUUCCUGCAGGAGAUCUCGGGCUCGCUGAGAAACUCCAAACCCUUCAGCACCCUCAAACCUGGAUCAAAAGGCUGAACUGCAAACAAAUACUGAGGAAACUCGACUAAUACGAAACCUCUUUGCUCAGAUCAUUUCUGACAGGAAGAUGUUUAAAUCUUAACAUCUUUACUGUGAAAUAUGUUUUCUUCUGUGGUCCAACUUCUGGUUGAUUCAGCAGACCUUUAUGUUGCUUUGAAUCUAAUUUAUCCAAAAAAAAAAAAAAAUGUUCCAGACCAAAGACACGCACACCCUCGAAACAAAUGACUGUGAAUUUAUUUUAUUUGUUGAUUCUUAGCCAACGAUAGUAUAACACACUCCUCCACCCUGUGAGGAAUAGAUGCGCUGCCUUUGUUUCAUUUAUAUAAAGGAUUUUAAUUAUGUUGCAUCAAUUAAUGUUUUAACAUGUUUACUUUUUAUUUUUAAUGCCUGUGUUUGAUACUCUUUAAAUAAAGGUUUGAGAUGAUUGCACACAUGGUUUCAGUUCCUCAAAAUAUAAAUGUCCUGACAUGUAGAGCUGCAACUAAUGAUUAUUUUCAUUAUGGAGUAGUCAAUUAAUUUGGUAUUUAAAAUGUCAGAAAAUGGUGAAAAUGCCCAAGAUGCAAUAUGAAAUGUCUUGUUUUUUCCCAGCUCACAUUCUACAAGCAAAACAAUAUUAAAUUCUCACAGAGGAGUAAAGAAACCAACAUAUAUUCAGAUUUGAGAAGCUUGAAUCAGAGAAUUUCAAAUCUAUCUUUUCUUAAAAUAUUUGCACUAACCCGAUUUAUUUUCUCUGUUGUUUAUAGUCCAGUGUUAUCAGUGUUUUUUUUGUUGCCAAUCAUUAACCCUUAAAUACUGGUCUGGUCAAAUUUGUUCUGUUUUGACAUUUGACAGCUUGUAAAAACACACCAAAUGUCUUUUACUCUUAAUUUUGAUGACUUUUCCUAAAGUGGCUCAAAAUGCACAAAAUGUUAUAUUUUUGAUUGGUGCUACAAAUGUUUGUCCACUGAGGCUGUUCUGGGUCAAAUUAUCUCCGUAUCUAUUAACAUGUGUUUUAGUGAAAUGAAUAGUUAAUAGUUUUUAAUAAGAUAGUAGUUAUGAGGAUUUCUUUCAAUCAUUAUUUCUAUGUUAUAUUUUCAUGUCUUAGGUAAAAUAGGACAUGAUAUUGUUUGAUAGUAACUGUUUUUCUCCAAAAAUACAAAAUACACUUUCAAUAAAAUGACAUUUAACCACCAAAAAAAGAUGCAAAAAUGACUAAAAGAGACAUAAAUUGACUAAAGAAACCUAAA